AUGCCGGUGCGGAGGGGCCACGUCGCGCCGCAGAACACCUUCCUGGACACCAUCAUCCGCAAGUUUGAGGGCCAGAGCCGCAAGUUCAUCAUCGCCAACGCUCGGGUGGAGAACUGCGCGGUCAUCUACUGCAACGACGGCUUCUGUGAGCUGUGCGGCUACUCGCGGGCCGAGGUGAUGCAGCGGCCCUGCACCUGCGACUUCCUGCACGGGCCGCGCACCCAGCGCCGCGCCGCCGCGCAGAUCGCGCAGGCCCUGCUGGGCGCCGAGGAGCGCAAAGUGGAGAUCGCCUUCUACCGGAAGGACGGGAGCUGCUUCCUGUGCCUGGUGGACGUGGUACCCGUGAAGAACGAGGAUGGGGCUGUCAUCAUGUUUAUCCUCAACUUCGAGGUGGUGAUGGAGAAGGACAUGGUGGGGUCCCCGGCCCAUGACACCAAUCACCGUGGGCCUCCCACCAGCUGGCUGGCCCCAGGUCGCGCCAAGACCUUCCGCCUGAAGCUGCCGGCCAUGCUGGCGCUGACCGCCCGGGAGCCCGCGGGGCGGGGCCGCGCCCGGGCUGCGGGGGCCGGGGCCGUGGUGGUGGACGUGGACCUGGACCUGGCGCCCGCGGCGCCCGGCGGCGAGGCGCUGGCCCCAGACGCGGCCCUGGACAACCACGUGGCGGGGCUGCGGCCCGCGGAGGAGCAGCGCGCGCUCGUGGCCCCCGGCUCCCCGCCCCCCUGCGAGCCUGGCCCGCACCCACCACCGGGCCUGGGCGCCGAGGCCUCGGGCUCCACCUGCAGCCUGGCCCGGACCCGCUCCCGGGAGAGCUGCGCCAGCGUGCGCCGCGCCUCCUCUGCCGACGACAUCGAGGCCAUGCGCGCGGGGGUGCUGCCCCCGCCCCCGCGCCACGCCAGCACCGGGGCCAUGCACCCCCUGCGCAGUGGCCUGCUUAAUUCCACAUCAGAUUCGGACCUCGUGCGCUACCGCACCAUUAGCAAGAUCCCCCAAAUCACCCUCAACUUUGUGGACCUCAAGGGCGACCCCUUCCUGGCGUCGCCCUCCAGCGACCGGGAGAUCAUAGCACCCAAGAUAAAGGAGCGGACCCACAAUGUCACCGAGAAGGUCACCCAGGUCCUGUCGCUGGGGGCGGACGUGCUGCCCGAGUACAAGCUGCAGGCGCCGCGCAUCCACCGCUGGACCAUCCUGCACUACAGCCCCUUCAAGGCCGUGUGGGACUGGCUCAUCCUGCUGCUGGUCAUCUACACGGCCGUCUUCACGCCCUACUCGGCCGCCUUCCUGCUGAAGGAGACCGAGGAGGGCCCCGCGGCCCCCGACUGCGGCUACGCCUGCCAGCCCCUGGCCGUGGUGGACCUCAUCGUGGACAUCAUGUUCAUCGUGGACAUCCUCAUCAACUUCCGCACCACCUACGUCAACGCCAACGAGGAGGUGGUCAGCCACCCCCGCCGCAUCGCCGUCCACUACUUCAAGGGCUGGUUCCUCAUCGACAUGGUGGCCGCCAUCCCCUUCGACCUGCUCAUCUUCGGCUCGGGCUCGGAGGAGCUCAUCGGGCUGCUGAAGACGGCGCGGCUGCUGCGGCUGGUGCGUGUGGCCCGCAAGCUGGACCGCUACUCGGAGUACGGGGCCGCCGUGCUCUUCCUGCUCAUGUGCACCUUCGCGCUCAUCGCGCACUGGCUGGCCUGCAUCUGGUACGCCAUCGGCAACAUGGAGCAGCCGCACGUGAACUCCCGCAUCGGCUGGCUGUACAACCUGGGCGACCAGAUCGGCAAGCCCUACAACAGCAGCGGCCUGGGCGGCCCCUCCAUCAAGGACAAGUAUGUCACGGCCCUCUACUUCACCUUCAGCAGCCUCACCAGCGUGGGCUUCGGCAACGUCUCCCCCAACACCAACUCCGAGAAGAUCUUCUCCAUCUGCGUCAUGCUCAUCGGCUCCCUCAUGUACGCCAGCAUCUUCGGCAACGUGUCGGCCAUCAUCCAGCGCCUGUACUCGGGCACGGCCCGCUACCACACCCAGAUGCUCCGCGUGCGAGAGUUCAUCCGCUUCCACCAGAUCCCCAACCCCCUGCGCCAGCGCCUUGAGGAGUACUUCCAGCACGCCUGGUCCUACACCAACGGCAUCGACAUGAACGCGGUGCUGAAGGGCUUCCCGGAGUGCCUGCAGGCGGACAUCUGCCUGCACCUGAACCGCUCGCUGCUGCAGCACUGCAAGCCCUUCCGCGGGGCCACCAAGGGCUGCCUGCGGGCCCUGGCCAUGAAGUUCAAGACGACACACGCGCCACCGGGGGACACGCUGGUGCACGCGGGGGACCUGCUCACCGCCCUCUACUUCAUCUCCCGGGGCUCCAUCGAGAUCUUGCGGGGUGACAUCGUCGUGGCCAUCCUGGGGAAGAACGACAUUUUUGGGGAGCCUCUGAACCUCUACGCGAGGCCGGGCAAGUCCAACGGGGACGUGCGGGCCCUCACCUACUGCGACCUGCACAAGAUCCACCGGGACGACCUGCUGGAGGUGCUGGACAUGUACCCCGAGUUCUCCGACCACUUCUGGUCCAGCCUGGAGAUCACCUUCAACCUGCGAGACACCAACAUGAUCCCCGGCUCUCCCGGCAGCACGGAGCUGGAGGGUGGCUUCCACCGGCAACGCAAGCGCAAGCUGUCUUUCCGCAGGCGCACCGACAAGGACCCGGAGCAGCCAGGGGAGGUGUCGGCCUUGGGGCCAGGCCGGGUGGGGGCAGCGCCUAGUGGCCGGGGUCGGCCAGGGGGGCCGUGGGGGGAGAGCCCGUCCAGUGGCCCCUCCAGCCCUGAGAGCAGUGACGACGAAGGCCCAGGCCGCAGCUCCAGCCCCCUCCGCCUGGUGCCCUUCUCCAGCCCCAGGCCCCCUGCAGAGCUGCCGGGCGGGGAGCCCCUGACUGAGGACUGUGAGAAGAGCAGUGACACUUGUAACCCACUGUCAGGGGCCUUCUCAGGAGUGUCCAACAUCUUCAGCUUCUGGGGGGACAAUCGGGGCCGCCAGUAUCAGGAGCUGCCUCGAUGCCCCGCCCCCACCCCCAGCCUCCUCAACAUCCCUCUUUCCAGCCCCGGCCGGCGGUCCCGGGGUGACGUGGAGAGCAGGCUGGAUGCUCUCCAGAGGCAGCUCAACAGGCUGGAGACCCGGCUCAGUGCAGACAUGGCCACCAUCCUGCAGCUGCUACAAAGGCAGAUGACGCUGGUCCCGCCCACCUACAGCGCUGUGACCACUCCCGGCCCUGGCCCCACCUCUACCUGCCCUCUGCUGCCUGUCAGCCCCAUCCCCACCCUCACCCAGUACUCCCUUUCUCAGGUUUCCCAGUUCAUGGUGUGUGAGGAGCUCCCCCCAGGGGCCCCAGAGAUCCCUCAAGACGGCCCUACUCGACGACUCUCCCUGCCGGGCCAGCUGGGCGCCCUCACCUCCCAGCCCCUGCACAGACACGGCUCAGACCCAGGCAGUUAG